AUUUUCAGAAUGGAAAGGCUACGCGGUCGCGCGCGUUAGGUACGAUUGAUUUAUAAAGACAAUUGUAAUAAAGAGAAUUUUAUUUACCGUUCUUUAUUAAUUAAUCGUAGCUCACGCGCGACUACUAUAUUAUACAGCCUUCCCACUCUGAAAAUUUGUUUCUUUUAUGACUGGAAAAAUCUCAACUGUCAGAAUAAAAAUUCGAAACAAUGACAAGACAUUGCGGCGCAAAAGAAAUCGCUGUUUCUGUUUUGUCAAAAAUCGUGAUUCUUGAUUGGUUAUGGCAGAGUCAAUGUGAACUAAAAAAUGGAUCCGAAAAGCGGAGAGUUUUUCACACAUAAGUUUUUUUUUUCAAUUUUCAUUGUGACUCGAAAUCUGCGAUAAGAAUGCGCAUACAAAUUUUGUCCAAAAAAAUUGGAUAUCGCAUUCCUCGUGAAAGUGUGACAGUAAUUAACUCCGAUAAUCUGGAAUAAAUACCAGUGAAUCAUCGAGAUAAAAUUAAAGGAUAUUUAUUUCCAACAUGGAAAAUGAAAGAGCAGCAGAUCCUAAGCCACGUAAACGUUACAAACUGUUCUUGGAUCCAGAGUACCAACCACAUUGGGUUUCUACGAGGACUCAUUCAUUUUGGGUUGCUGAUGCAACUGUUCCGCCACCAGAAACCGACGUCGACGCAUCAGAUCAAAAUUCUGUGGGAUCGGGCGAGAAUAUGUUGUUAAAUACCGAGGAUGAUACGUCACAUUGUGUUUCCGAUUCUAAUCAAUCAUCUGCUGCAUCUUCGAUGGAGCCUGAUCUAAGCAAUGACUGCUGUGGAAAUAUGUCACAUGAGGAGAAUGAUGAUGUCUGUGUGUCGGAUGAAGAGCACUUGACAGAUCCCGAUGUAGAAAAUUCUGAUGACUCACAAUCAGACGAUUCCCACGAUUCGCACGACAAUUUACAAAAUUUUGACGAUUCUGAAACUUCGGAAGAAGAUGAACCUCACGAACGAGUCGGGCGAGAAGACGGUGUGAAUGACGACGAUAUUAUGUUUGAUCAAUCUGUUCUGUCCGUGUCGGAUGUUAUGGAAAUGGUCAUGGCAUAUUGUAUGCGUUUUUCUGUAUCCCAUGAGGCCCGAAAAGCACUGGUGGAUAUGAUACAAUGUUUGGCCGGACCAAGGUAUGAGAAUUGGUCAAUUAGCAAAUUCCAAAUCAAAAAGAAGUACGAGCCGCCUGAAGAUGUUAUGACUUACACUUUUUUUUGCUCUUCAUGCAAAAUACCUAUUUUGGGACCAAUCACAAAAAGGGAAUUUGAAAAUAAUUCAGUUACUUGCGAAGAGUGCCUUCAGCUACAAAAUCUGACGAUGCAAUCGCCGAAUAGGUUCAUUUACAUUGAUUUGAAGUACCAAUUUAAGCAACUCUUGAGUAGUCGAAAGAUCCGUGAGAGCCUAAUGGAAAACUUAAUAACACGAGACGCUGCGCUCGCUCGUGCACCACCGACCGUAAUGACAGACAUUUAUGACAGCGAGCUGUAUAGAGCGGCAAUUGGGGAAUAUUUUCAGAAUGCUGAUCAUGUCCUCACGUACAACUUCAAUACAGAUGGAAUGCCGAUUUUUAAUAGCUCCAAUAGAAGCAGUUGGCCAUUGCUAUUAAUUGUGAAUGAAUUACCUCCCCAUCUGCGAUUUAAGCACGUCCUUCUAGCUGGAUUAUGGGUUGGAAAUAAGGAACCCAGUCCUACCAUGAUGAACACUUUUCUCCAACAGUUCGUUUCACAGGCAAAUCACCUAACCGAACGAGGCCUCAAAUUGAAAAAUGACAUGGGCCGAAAGACAACUUUCAAAAUAAUACCACUGUGUUGCGUUUGUGACUCCGUGGCAAGACCUAUUGUCCAGUGCAGGUUACAAUAUAACGGAUAUCGCAGCUGUAGUUGGUGCUAUGCUCAUGGGAAUUAUGUACGUGGAGCUGUGCGCUAUUUAUUCGGCGAAGUAGACGCAGACGGGAGAACACACGAGUCUCAUAAAGAGGAUGUAGAAAAUGCCACACGACUUCGGAAACCUGUGAAUGGCGUCAAAGGAGCUAGCAUUUUGUUACAGUUGCUCCUAUUUAAUAUGGUGUGGGGAUUUCCCUUUGAAUACAUGCACGCCAUAUUACUCGGUGUAAUAAAACUUCUGUGGGAUAUUUGGACAACUCCCGGGAGUCCAAUUUAUCUGGCCCCAGCCAUUCAAAAUCAAAUCAACGAUAGAUUGAUGCGAAUGACUCCUACACACGAAAUUCAUCGAUUGCCGAGAAAAUUAUCGAAAAGAGGCAAGUGGAAAGCUUCUGAAUGGCAGUCAUGGUUAUUAUUCUACAGCCUCCCUUGUUUAGACGGUCUCAUACCAGACGCUGCUUUGGAACACCUAUCACUUUUAGUAGACAGUUCGUUCAUACUUCUGCAAAACAAAAUUUCCGAAGCAGAUUUAAAUAAGUGCGAACUGAAUCUCACGAAAUUCGUAGCUGAAUUUGAAAUUUUAUACGGAAAAGAAUAUGUGACAUUCAAUGUACAUAGCUUACUGCAUGUGGUGAAAUCCGUGAAAUCGUCAGGACCGUUGUGGACGACUUCUGCUUUCAGUUUUGAGAGUACCAAUUACAGACUAAAACAACAAGUCAAUGGACCGAAAGGGGUUGACGAUCAAAUCGCAAUGGGAUACCUCAAUAAAAAUAUGUUCCAAUGGAAAUUGGGGGAAAACAUGGAACUCUCGGAAGAAAGCCAGAAUUACUGCAAGCGUCUCUUUGCCGGCCGUCCUCACACUUCGAAUUGCACAAUAACACCUGACAAUGUAGUUUUGCUUGGCAAACCUGUCGUACAUGAUAACGGGGAAGUCAUAUACGCUCGGUGUAUAUUCAAAAAUACCCCUUUUCACAGCGCACGAUAUCGGCCGAACAAAAAAACUAACGAUUCCGUAGUGCAAUUGGUCACAACGGAUAUAGUUCAAAUAACUGGAUUUGUACUCGUUGAUGGUCGGACCUAUAUCGAUGCACAGAAUAUCGAUGUGGUUGUAGAAUUGCACGUACCGCACAUUGUGAGAGUAAGGCGAAGCGAUGAAUAUCGAAGAAUCCCCAUGGACGAUAUCCAAGAGAAACUGCUAUUUCUGAGCGUCAACAAUUUGACAUAUAUUUGCAAAUCUCCUUGCAUCAUAGAUUAAGAUAAACUAUGUACAAAAAAAAUUUACAGCUAUAUAGCAUAGACAGGGUUUAUAAACUUGUCAGACAAUAUUUACUCUUUGCAGGGCUGAUGUUAAAAUUUGUUCAAGAUGUUUAAAAUCCUACCAUAAGUUAAAAUUUGUGUACACUGAUUAUUAUAGUACAAUACAAUUAUAAUAAAGACUGAAUUGACGAAGGACAAAAUAAAUGUAAAAAAAUACUGUAUAUCCGCUUUGCUUAAAAUUAUAUCAUUUAAUAAUGAUUUAUUUUUUUAUACAAGUGACCGGAAUGCGAAACUGAAGUUAUCAAGAAAAGUAAUUUUUCUUAAAUUCUGAAAUAUCGUUCUGGUUUCUACAGAAGAAAACUUUGGCUAACAAAACUAUUUUUCCUUGACUAUAGUUGGGUGAAAGAAACCGAAAUCCGACAUGUAAAACCCAGACUCAAAUUCCCCGUUUACCGGUAUUAUAUUUUAGAGUGAAAAUUACGAAAUUGAAAUGCUGCAAUUAAAAACGCAUCGUGUCGAUAAUACAUGAAAACCGGACAGACAGGCUAUCUAUCGGAUGCAGAUAGAGGCCGAUAGAAUUUGUAUACGCGAUUGCGGACAGAAGAGGGUUAUUCGUUGUCGGUAGCGAAUGCGGAUAGAAGCCGAUAGAAUUUGUAUACGCGAUUGCGGAUAGAUCCAGAUGAAUUCGCACGCUGCUCAGCGCUGCGUACACAUUCGGACAGACGGGCUGUCUGUAAUUGCCAACAGAAGCGGAUGGCUUGUUGUAAAGAGCGAAUGAGGAUAGAGGCCGAUAGAAUUUGUAUAUGAAAUUGCGGAUAGACGCCGUCAAGCAGUUAGAAGUCCAAUAAAUACCGUCUGAAAUUCAUAGUCAUGCGUACAUGAAACUGAUAGAUGCAGACAGAAAUUCAAUGUUGGAUCACUUGUGCGGAUAAAGCUGACAGAAUCCCGUCAAGUUCUUAUACAUUUCAGUUACAUAUUCUA